UGAGAUGCGCCUCCCAUUCUCCUCCCACUCCAAUCCACUCCACGCCCUUGACCUUUACUCUGGGUGAAGGAUCAGCCUCGCGAGUUGUCAUCCUGGGUGGCAGAUUUCCCCCACAACGGUUCGGGAAAGCCCCAGCCGAAUGAGGAAGAAAAGGGACAGGUGCGGAAAGGCCGGGCCCUGUUGGGGAGAGCCUGGCCAGCGCGGGGCUGGAGGGGGCGGUUGAGAGCCGAGCCGAGUCGAGCCGAGCCGAGCCAAGCUGGGCCGGGCCGGGAGCCCCCAACGAUGGUCAAGGGCAGUUUCUGGGCCCCGCUGCUCCUCUGCCUUCUGCAGUCAGCGCCAGGGAGCCCAAAGUUGGCCCGUCCACAGAACGUGACGAUGCUUUCCCGCAACUUCAAGGUAUACCUGACAUGGCGCCCAGGACCCAACUAUCCCCUCAAUGUGACUUAUGUGGUGAGGUAUCAGAGCUUUGAAAAUGAGCGCUGGAGGAAGGUCAAACAUUGUAUGGGGAUUACCAUGGAGGAGUGUGACCUCACCUGCCUGGAGAAUCACAGUCUAUACAUCAAAUACAAGGGGCAAGUUCAGGCAGUGGCCCCUGGGACCUAUUCCCUGUGGGCAGAAUCCCCUACUUACAUGGAUUAUCUCUUUGAUGUGGAACCAGCCCCACCCAAUCUGACAUGGAUACGGACCAAGGAGACCUUAAGCAUCAAUGCCACCUAUAAGUUGCCCCACUGUGUAAGCUUGAUGAACCUGAAAUAUGAGGUGGAAUUCUGGAAGGAGGGGAGCCCAAACAAGACCCGGUCCCAGGCCACACUCCAUGGGACAGAGGUGAAGAUCCCCCUCUCCCCGGCUUCUGCUGGGUGCUACUGCCUGAGUGCGCGGACAAUCUACUUAUUAAUCAUCCCCAAGUACAGCGAGUUCUCCCAACCAGUCUGUUUCCUGCUGGAGACCCCAGGAACCCAGCAGAGGAAGCCAUUCUUGCUGCUAUUUCUUCUGUCUAUUAUCCCUCUGCCCUGGAUGUACUGCCUAAAGGAUAUCUAUUUCCAGCAGGAAAAGAUGCCUCAGAGCCUGGACUUUCCUAGGCACAAAUGCUCUGUGAAAAUCUUGGAACUGAACAGACAAGAGUCUUUCGGGGACCUGCACAUCUGCCCUAAGAACAGUUUGAGGCAGGGAAGGAAAGCUUAUGCAGGAUCCAAGAACCCAGGCAUCCCACAACCAUCAGAGAUGGAGGAGCAUGACGAUGAGGAGGAGAGUGAAGAGGGAGAGUCUGAGGAUGUGGAUGAGAGUGGAACCUUUGACGCUUACCUUGGAAUCCCUUCCUUAAAGGGCCUGCUGACUGGAAUGGGGGAAGCGGAGUCAAAGGCACAGAGUUGGGAGUCUACAGAGUCCCUGAUACAUGAACCAGGGUACGGUCUCUCCCCAGUAAUGGACUCUUCAGACAGUGGAAAUGUGUUUGACUCUUUCUGGGGAGAAUCAGGUACCGUGAGCUAUGUGAUCGAGGAUGGCAUCUGUGGGGAUGGCCCAUCUCUGCCAUCACCCAUGCUCUUGAAGGAGUCAAAGGUUGGAGAAGAGCCUUCAGAAGAUAGUUUGUCUUCCAGGGCCUCCCCAGUGCCCUUGAAUCCCUCCUCACCUGGGUUGAUGAUCCUCCCUGAGGAACCCUUCACCUCUCUGAAGACACUGAUAAUUACCAUGGACAGGUCUGAGGAUGAGGAGGACUGGUUUAUGGAGGGGGAAGAGGAGGAGGAGGAGGAGGAGGAGGAGAAAAUGGGCAGUGUCAGUGAGGUAGAGGGCCUUUGGAGUAAUUACUCCAAGAGGCCUAAGGUCACAGAUUACCAGCACAUACACUAUAGGUUUCACUGAGUGAGUCAUCACUCUCUUUAGCUCCCAAAAUACCUACCUUUCAGUCUAGGCCUACUUCAGGAUGUCUCUCAGCUUCUUCAAGUUCCUGAGGGGCCACUGGAUACUUCAAGAUACUUCAAACAUGAACUCUUCAGUAUUUGUGGGAUAACCAGACUGCCUCUGGAACCCACCCUGGAAAAUGAUUUUUCAGUUGUUUGGAGUGGGAAGGUAACCAUCCAAAGGGACCCAACAAAUCCCAACAAGCCCCCCGACUGGCUGUGUGUUCUUGGCAAGACCUCUGUAGGUCUCACUUUCCUCAUCUGUAAAAUGAAGGAGGUUGGACUUGGUGACCUCCCAAGGUCCCUUCCAGAUUUAGAUUCAAGAGCUAUGAUCUGGUGAAGGAGUCAAUGAUCUGGUGCCCAGGAUUCAGAGCUGAAAGGAAACUUCUGUGACCAUUUAGUCCAAUCUUCUCACUUAACAGAGAAGGAAACAGGUUCACAGAAACCUCAUGCUGUAGAGAAAAGAGAUCUGGACUUGGAGUCAGAAUACCAAAGUUCCAGUCACCAGGCAUUUGUAGCUGACUAGUGUGAGGUCCUAGGCAAAGCAUCCUUUGAAUCUCAGUUUCCUUAUCAGCAGAAUUCAAUUUAUUUUGACAAAUAUUCAAGGUUUAUUAUUUUUUUGUGUGCAAAGUAUUGUAUUACAAAGUACCGUACUACCAAGUACUUUUACACAGUGCAGGGUACUUGGGGCAGCUAGGUGGCACAGUGGAUAGAGCACCGGCCCUGGAUUCAGGAGGACCUGAGUUCAAAUCCAGCCU